UGCGUCGCUGUUAUGUAACAUAACUAUGACGUAGUUCAUUAAGCCUUGGCAGGUUCACCAAUGUGGUGAACCUCCUACCAGGACUAUAUGCCAUGACUAGAUACCUCUUCUGAUUAAAAGAUGUACAUUUUGAAUACCGUUAGGGUUAUGGUAUACCUAAUGUUGUGGCCAGCCCAUGCAACAUUGUACUUUACAGCACAGUAUACUGUCGAUGAUGCUCGAGACCUGAACGAAUCCUUCACAACUGUCGAUUUUUUCCCUGUAUCGGGUACUCGAUUCACUUCAGUGAGUGACUCAUAGGAACUUGCUUCACUAAAAGAAAUCGAGGUUGACCAUCACAGGUGUGUAAAGCCUCCCUCCUCCUUCUGCUCGGGAUCGACACCUACAUGUGCACCAAUCGUGCGACUUUAACAGCAAAUCUCCUGAUUGGGAGCUCCUUCACUUCAGAGAGCUCAAUCGUUCGUGAAUGACCCAUUGCUAUAUAUAUAACAGCCGUUUGUAAUUGUACACUUACAGUAAAGCCCAACUGAUUAUGAAACCAAACCAAAAUACAUUUUGUACUGCAGUUAUUUUAGCACAUGCAGAGUAAUUAUUUAUUUGAAUAAUUUAAUACAAAAUGGCAAACUUUAUUUAGGAAAUAAUGAAUACGAAGAAGUAAGAUUUCUAUUCUGGCAGGUAAAGUGGACACCUAAAAGAGCUCGGCUGUACAAGUAGGCUGAUCCAGAUAAUCUUUGUUGGAGGAUUAAAACACCGCGUCCACGGAGAAGCGUAUGGCCCUAUCGAGUCCCAGACAUGAAUCUUUAACCAUUCAGGAGGAUACAUUUCAACUGUUGGCUAUAAUGUCUUCAUCCAAGCGCUCUAAUCAAUGGACUCUGGCAGAGCUUCUGGGCCAGCGGAGGCGGCUGCUUGGCCUUGGAGUGCUGCUGGCUUGGUUGGUCCUCUUCCAUCUCCUUGUGAACGUCUGGCUCCUCUGCAUCUUCACCAGUCUCCUUGUGGCUCUUGGGGGUUGGCUUGGAUCCCGAGCCAUUCUGAAUGCCAACAGCCUUCUCCACUUGGAGCACUUCUUACCUCUCAGUGGGGUGACACCUCCUCUUUGCACAGCUGAACACGAGUGGAGGCUCAACCAUGAGAUACACAGUGCCGUCCACAAAGCUGUGCGCGACUUUGUGUCCUCCUGGUAUCGCACUCUGCUGCCAGAGGUGGAGGGUGAGUUUGAGCGUGCGGUGCGUAAUUCCAUGCUGGAGUCCGUGAUGGAGCUGAAGGAGCGUGCAAGGCGAGUGGACAGAAAAGCUCUAGUUCAACAUCUUCUAGAGCUAUACGGUGGCCACCUGCAGAGCUACAUGACAGCCAGACGCAUGCAGCAGACACAUGGAAAAAGUGUUAGCCUUUGGCAACUCUACCAGGAAGUAGAAAGCCCUCAUCCGGCUCUGAGCGAUGGAGCUUCCGAGCUUAGCUACGCAAGAGCUGUGGUGAACCUGGUCUUGCAUGUGCUUGUUCCAUACCCUCAGAUGGAAACCAGGACAGGAGGGUACAUGGUUACUGAACUCAUCACCUGCAAUGUGCUUCUGCCGCUCAUAAGCAGGGUGUCUGAUCCCGAUUGGCUCAACCAAACCAUUGUAGAUGUCUUCAACAGGUCAAGAAAACCCCAAGAUAGCACCCUGUACAGGGGUCAGUUCCAUGAGUCCUGGAUCACCUGUCAGUCGUCUUCCGAUCAAGCGAGUCUUGCAAGCAAGAGCAGCUCUGAUCUUUAUGAGCUGUCCAGCCCGGCUAGUGAGGAGGACUCCGAAUGCAGCAUGCUUAGCUUGACUUCUUCUGGGAAGGCUGAGACUUGCCACCCAGGCCUGCUCACACCGUGUAAGGUCAACUGCUGCUCCCUCACAUCAGGCCACUGCUCUCACCUCCAAGACAGGAACGUACUCUCAGUGGACUCUGUGAUGCAGUCUGACUCUGAAGAUGACAUGUCCAGACGUUUGUGUGAAUGCGGUCCCUCCCCCAACUUCUGCAACACUGUGAAUUUAAAGGAUGAGGUUGACGAUUUUGGUUGCUUUGCUCCACUGAAAAAUCUUGGGCCUAAAGUGGUUGUGCCUGUGGACUCCCACUGGCCUGCAGAGAUUGCCCAAGAAAAAUCCCCAGCUGGUUCUUCAAGGGGGCUUUGCCUUGGCUCCUUGAACUUAAACGCUUCAAACAAGCCACCCUUGUCAGUGAACAUCCAGAAUGUGCAUAUUGCUGGAACUGUCAGUCCAAAGGAUCAGCGUGGCACUGGAGCACAUCCUCUCUACACUAUCACGUUUGAAACAGCAACAUAUCCUGAAAACAGCGAUCUUCUGCAGUCUAUGACUUAUCACUCGAUCAAUCGCAGAUACAGCGAGUUCCUCAACCUGCAGACACGCUUAGAGGAGAACCCCGAAGUCAAGAAGUUCAUCAAGAAUAUAAAAGGUCCAAAGAAAAUGUUCCCUGACCUUCCAUUUGGAAACACAGACGGUGAGAAGGUGGAAGCCCGUAAAGGUCAACUGGAUACUUUCCUCAAACAAUUAAGCAGCAUUCCUGAGACAGCUAUGAGUGAGGACAUGCAGGAGUUCCUGGCUCUAAACUCAGGGGUUUGUACAUAUUUUGAAAGAAAGCCUUUUGGCAAGUCAAGAAUCGAUAAGAUGAUGGAAAAUGCUUUAGACACACUGAAGACUGCCUUUCCUCAUCCAGAGGCCUUGAGUCCUACAGAGGACCUUGAGGGAGACUCUGAUGGGAGAACAAUGGACAGCAGAAAAUACAGGAGGCUCAUGUUCCCAAGCAAAGUGUCUCCAUCUCUCAAUCCACCCGACUUACAUCCUAAAGUGACUUACUGCUUUAGUGAAGGCAGCCCUGUGCUCAAUGGCAUGUCCCUGUCCAGAUUAGAGAGCUUUGUCCUGGAGCAGGAAAGACUUUUAUGUGAACCACAAGGUAGAGAGACAGCCAAGCAGAGUGAAACGUCAAGUGCUGAGAAGACAACGUCUGGGAAAACUCAUGGCACAGACACAGCUGUGGCGGAUGUUGCUCUGAACAUCUUGUGUUUGUUGAUGAAGGACCAGUGGAGUUGGAUGUGCACUGAGAACAUCCAGAAGACCAUCAGACUACUCUUUGGCACUUUUGUUGAGAGGUGGUUGGAUGUAGGGGUGGCCCACCUCACCAGCGCUCCCUGCUGGGUAAUUUACCUCCAAGUACUGCAGGAGGCCGUGUGGCCCGGAGGUACACUGCCCGCUCAACCACAGCCUGAGCGCAGCGCUGCAGAAAGGGAAGAAACCAAGGAGAGAUGCCUGGAAUGUCUAAUGCAGCUACUUCCAGAGGUCAUCACUGACAUCUUAGGCAGCGAGAAGUACAGACUGAGCUUGGAGACCAUGCUGGAGUCUUUGCAGGACCACCACAUUAACAAGCAUCUCCUUUACUGCCUCUGUGAGUUGCUGCUUGACUUUCUGAUACCAGAAUGGAGUGAUGAUUCCUUCCAGACGUCUCUCAUGCAGAGUCUGUCCAAAGACAAUCCCACAUGACGGUCACACUACACCACAGCUGUCUCACAGCUGGACGUGCAAUGGCGGACAUUAUGGAAUCAUACCUGGACUGUCGGACUGUGAGCAAUGGCGCAACAACAUAGGACUGUGUUCUUGCUCAAAUUCUAUUAAAUGAGUUUUAGAUAUCCAUCAUCCAGAUUCAUAAUGAUAUCCGGUAAAAGAGUGUUAUUAAAGAUUCCUGCCUUUACAAAGAUCAUGAGACAUUUCUCCAACAACAAUAUAACCUGGGAUAAGAAACACUUACUUUUACACUGGAUACAUUCGCCAAUAUGUUUAAUACCGAGAUUUGCAUUUACACACAAAUCCACUCUAUUCCCAGAGAAACCGCCCCACUAUGUUAGUGAAUAAUUGACCAAUUCUAUGAUGUGGGAGCCCAGAAUUCAAUUUCACCAAUAAAGCCAACAGUGUUGAGCGCUUCCCAUGGUUCUUUGACCUUUUCUUCCCAGAUGAUCUCUUUGAUACAGCUUUAAUAGUGUGAAAAAUUCUGGCACUUAUUACAUUCCCAAUGAACCAUGGCACUACAUAAAGAUGUGCCUUUUAUAUUUGGCUUGAAUGGUUAAUUAAGAAAUAAUGAGGAACAGAACAACCAGUAAGGAUUUUGUGUUUCAUGUGGCAAUGUACUGUAAAUCAAAAAUAUCUGCUGACCACAAAAUAUGACAAAAGUGGUCAAAAAUGGAAAUGGAAAAAGAAAUAUAGUAUGUUAUUUAUUAUUUAGACACUUUUAGUGGUCCUCAAAAACCCUUUCAGUUCACCAUACCACUGGUAUUUUUGAGCUGCUUAUUUGUUUUUUUGAUCUGUUUCAUUGAGCACCAUUGUCAUAACAGUUUCAUCAUAAUUCUUCUGUUAUUUGAUAACUUGCGCAAUAUUUGAGCCCCUCCUUUUUGAGUCGCUGUAGCUGCAUCUCUCCAGGUAACUGGUGUUUGUGAGUGACAGGAAGAAAAGCUCUGGCUUACUUCCAUAUUGCUUAACUGACUCUGUACUCUUGCUGCUGUGCAAUACAAAUUUCCCCACUGAGGGACGAAUAAAGGCAUAUCUUAAUCUUAAUCUUAAUAUGCACUGUACUGUUAGUGCAUUACAUUGUUGGCAGUCACUCAUUAGUACUGAUUCAACUGGAAACAAGUUUAAGAUGCAAUUGGAGGUAUUUCCAUCUUUAUUCUCUACUCUAAAUUGUCUCACCAGCUUGUUCAGUACGGCAGCCUUUAUGGGACAAUAGUAAUUUUGCAGUAAAGUUGAGCCAUCAAUAAUAAGAUUGUGUUGCAACUUUAAGAUAAACAGUUGGACCCCCAAAAUAUCCUAAAAUGGUGAUCAAUGUUCCAAGCUUUUUUGAAAAUCAUGUUAAUUUUUCCAUGGAUUUGACAGUGACCUUUUAGGGCCAGGAGAGUUGCUUGAAAUAGGCUUUACAGCUGGUGCUUCUAUGGCCCCAAAGCAUUCCAUAUGGCCUUCCAGCUUUCUGGAGUUUGCUUCCAUGAGUCUUUUCCAGUUGUCAGUUAUUUAUUAAUUACAAUCAGUCAAGUUGCGAACCUCUGAGCCAUGACCUCAACCCCAUCCCCAACAACAGAGACCAACUAAGGUGUCGGUGACAAUGAUUUACACCACAAAUAAAAUAACAUGUGAUGAUGCAACCUGAUCAUUAGUGAUGUUACCUGGGGAGAUCAGAUUCAAGGAGUAAGAUGAGAAGGAGGAUGACGAUAGGAGGAAUAUGUUUUCGCAAGGAAAUAAAAACUCUACAGUCGACCAGCGCCAGGACAAAGCACAGUCAGAGGAGUGAAUAUGGUGAGUCUCUUAACUUAUUUUGUCCAAUCUAGUUUGAUCAUUAUAAUGUAAACAAAAUUUUAACUUUGAGAGUAUUGUAAAGGUUUUCAAUCUCUUCAUCCCAAUGGUUGUUCCACCUUUAAUUGAUGUCCUGAAAAAAUCUAUGGCUUCCAUUUUCCUUGUUCUCGGAAGCACUUGGGAGUGUGAUCAAUCACAGCAGAGUGGGCAUACCUAGAGGAGGGACGGGGGUUCAAUAAAAUAGACUGUUUGGGUCGAACGCAGGAAGUCCAUGGAAGAAAGGUGCACAUUCUGGAAGAUCUAGAAAUCUUUCUCUGUUGUAGCUGCUCUACAGGUGUCCACAACUCAAUGCAAAAUGAGCAUAAUAGGUGCCCUUUAAAUAAGUCAUGAAUUAUCAACAACUUGAAAUCACUUUUAACAACAUAUAAAAAAGUUAUGAGCUACCAUCAAUGACCAAUGAACUCAUAAAUGUUCUCAAUGAAUGAACAAAAACUCCCAGAGAUAGACUCCAAAAAUGUACAGAAAGUCUUCCCAGAAGGGUGGAAUCUGCUGUAGCUGCAAAGGGGGAUUUCCACCUCUUGAUGUAAUGGCCAUGUGUCCCAAUACUUUUAGUGUAUUCUAAAACAGAGCCUGGUUACAAGUUGCUAACCAAAAAAGAAUGACGAUGACUCCUAAAGAAUUGCAUCAAGUCUUGGCUUCACACUGAGGGAUUUUCUGGAACACAUCUUGUUCUGUACAGUUCACGUUUCAGCAGAGACAAACAUCAGGCUAUGUUCUCACACAUUGGCUUCAUUGAUCCUGUUUUGUGAUUACAUCACGUCACCAUUAAAAUGCUUACAUUUGGACUACUGUGGAUCCUCCUUGUUGUUAUACACCAUCACCAGUUGGAAACACCUUCAAAAUCCCUCAAGUGGCAUGUUUUUGUGGGUUGAUUGUCGCCACAAAAUUACUGGCACAACUCAAUUUUGUGGAAUAAUACAGUACAAGGCAAAUAGACUAGUUUGUUACAUGCAGUAUUGUAUGAAAAUUUGUCCCAAAGAAAUGGUAUAGCUGGAGAUUAUAGAAACCAAGGAUCCCCAAAACCAUAAGGAACAGUAUGUGAGUAAUGUGAAACCGGGAGAAAUACAAGCGUCUCCCAGAAAGAUCAGGUUUCAGUUUAGCAAGUAUUUGCCGCUUAAUAUAUUCCAGCAAUAUACAGACGGAUGCAAUGACUAUAAUGCAGAUUGUUCAACAUUAUAGUUCAACACUGAAGUGCUCCUCUUUCUCUUCUGCGCCGCACUUGUAAUAACACAGCCCCACCACCUAUGCAUGGCGGUGACGAAUCGACCCAUGGCGCCCUCCGCCUAUUGGGCCUUCACUGUUGUGUGUCGGGUGGCAAAUAGAGCACUUUUGGGUUAUGUAACCCUUACGGAGGGGACAGUGAUUUAUAGUACAGGUGUUUGGUGCUGCUAGAGUCUCAGGCGUAAAACGAUGCUAGCGGCAUGCACUCUGCGAGCCGGGUCAAAAAGCACAUGUCCUCGGGUGGAAACACAAUUUGCUUUCAUCGUGCUUUUUCAUGCAUGUUUACAUCAAGAGGACUUCUCUGGCUUGGUGCUUAAUCAUGGCCGCAUGCUGUACGUGACAACAUAGAACUGCGUUGACUUCAGAUUCUGAAAUGAUAAAGGAAUUUCGAACACCUGUUAAUGCGCAGUGAUAAUUAUUAGGGAUGUCUGAUAAUGUUCUAUGCAGGUUUAAACAUGAGAUAUUGGUUCAAAAUGUUUUCUUCUGUGCGUGUUCGCGGUCUGGAAUUAUUAAGAAUAUAUAUAUAUAUCCAGAAUCAUUGCAGAAGUUCUUGUAUAUUGUGAUGAAUUGUUUUCAAAAUGUUGUAACUUGAAAAUGGUUUAAGAUAAAGGCAUACUGUAAAUUAGGAAAAUAAUCAGUAUGACCCAAAGUUUGUGAUAGGUGUAAAUUUUAUUGAUGUGCGUAUUAUGGCUCAGAAUUUGUCAGAUCCCCGUCUACGUAACACAUGCUCAUCAACAGGCUCAACAAAAUGUCUGCUCCACUUGUGAUAAACUUUCUCAUCUCUCAAGCAAACCCAGCCAUCAUCAUCGUUCAUCAUCAUUUACAGUCGAAUGUUGACCACCACUCCUGCCUCGUUAUUAUUACCGUUAUUACUGCCCUUAUUACAUAAAUAGAUAUAGAAUAGCUAUCUGUAUGUCUAUCUGCAACAUAGAACCAUCUGAGCCUACCAGUUAUUAGCGGAAAUUUGUGAGGAAUUGGUACGAGGGUCCCUUGUUCUGUAGAUUGUCCCAGACAGCUGUCGGAGAAGGUGCUUGUGAAGCCGUGUCAACAAUGAUCCACACUGCUUACUUGAUACUGUAUAAUUCCAAUGAAUGCGAUACAUUUUCUGCACAAAACCCUUCUUCUUUGUGGAGGAAAACCAAAAAUCAGCAAAUUUGCAGGCUUGUGAAAGCUCGGUCACCAAAGUGUACAGGAGUCCACUGUAUUUCCAAAUGAUCUGCAGAAGCAGGGGUCAAAGCCUGCAUUCAGAUGGUGGGAACCAACAAGUAGGUGCAGAAGGAAUCCCUG